GACCGACUGUUGCUCUCUUUUCAUUCCAUUUCACUCCAUUUGGCAUCAACGUAAUUACUUUUAAGAUGGCUCAAAAGCUGUUAGGCUUUCUUCGGGCGAUGGUACCCAGAGUACCUCUAAUCGCUGCCACUACACUUAACCACUACGUUUAUGGCCCAUGCAAGCCUUCAUGGUCCUAUCGCUUGUCACUCACCGUAGCGCUGAUGCGAUCAUUCAUGGAACAAGUGAAUCAUGUACCUAUCAUUCAGACUCAAGCCAACUUUAGAAUGACAGAAGAAGAAGCACCUGUCGAUCCUAGAGCGAUCGCUUCACAAAUCACGAUACCAAAAUCAUAUAGAGACAAAGCUUCGAAGCAUAUUCAACGAUUGAUGGAUCUGCAGCAAAUUGACUCAGCCAAACUAGGCUGGGACUGGAGCAAUGAUCCCAAAGCUGGGGAACUCCUGCAAGCGGAGUGGACAGAAAUGAAAUUAAAAGACGACGAGAAGCAUAUGGACGGUCGUACAGUCUUAUACCUCCACGGUGGAGGUUACAUUCUUUGUUCAAUCUUGACGCACCGGUGUAUUACCUCUGAAAUAGCUCGUCUUGGUGGAGCCAAAGUCUUAUCGAUUGAUUACAGGUUGGCGCCUGAAUCACCCUUUCCAGCCGCUCUGGUGGAUGCCAUCGCAGCCUAUUUGUAUCUUCUAUACCCUCCUGCGGGCUCAGGUGUUACUGCCAUAGAUCCAAAGAAUGUUGUUAUUAUGGGAGACUCUGCUGGUGGAGGCCUGACAUUCGGUACUAUGCUUGCUCUGCGAGAUGCAGGGCUUCCUUUGCCUGGUGGUGUGGUUGGUUUGAGUCCAUGGCUGGAUCUUCUGCAUUCUAUGCCUUCGCUACUCACUAACAACAAUUCGGACUACCUUCCUGAGGAGGGCUUUACUCAAGGAGGGCAGGGAUCGCUUGGGAAGAUCGCAGCGUUGGCUGCUACCCUUGAUACGGAAGAUAACUUAUUGAACCACCCAGAAUUGCCAGAAAUUCAAUACUAUGCAACGAAUGCAUUACUAGCUUGCCCUUAUGUCAGUCCUCUUGUAGCAGACAAUCUAGAGGGCACUUGCCCCAUGCUGGUGAUCGCAGGAGAUGGAGAAUUGUUGCGCGAUGAGGCAAUUGUAUUUGCAGCAAAAAAUGCAAAUGCUUCUCCGAUACUUCAUCUGCUUGUGUACGACGAUAUGCCACAUGUGUUCCCCAUGUUCAAUUUUCUACCUUCUGCUGCCGACGCUUUGGAGCGAGCAGGCCAAUUUAUUCGCAGUGUAACAUGUAAUGGCCAUGGUGGCCGAACUCUUGCCAACAAGAGUUCCCUUCGUGUCUGCGUGGAUGGACGAGAGCGACCGCUGGAACAGGAUGCGGUCCGGGGUUGGGAAAGUCGUGUGGGCAAAUUAGGAGGAGGACAAGAAGUUCUGAAGCAACUAUGCGAGAGUAGGAUUAAAUAAAGAUGAC